UUAUUACUCCUGAAAUUCCAUUAGAUGUAUUUGUUUCUAUGCAGGCUGCACAAGAAGACCAUUUUAUUUCCCAUUCAAAUAUAAAAUCUUUAAAAGGAAGAAUUUUCGUUUGUGAACAAGAAAAAGGAAAAAUUGGAUUAAUAUGCAUUAUGUCCAUUCCACUAUUGAAAGGUUACGCCACCACUGAAAAAAUUGGUUCAGGAAGCUAUUCUACAGUAUACAAAGCUUUUAAAAAGGAUGGAUCUAGAGAAGUGGUGGCUAUUAAAUGUGUGUCAAAAAACAAGCUGUCUCGUUCAGCAAUUGACAACAUUAUCACUGAAAUAACACUUCUAAAAGUUUUGAAACAUCAAUAUAUUGUGGAAAUGAGAGAUUUCCAAUGGGAUGAGAGGUUUAUAUAUAUUAUAAUGGAGUUCUGUGAAGGAGGAGAUCUCUCACGUUUCAUUCAAAGAAGAAAAAAACUGCCUGAAAAAGUCUGUCAUCGGUUUCUGCAGCAACUGGCUGUUGCUCUCCGAUUUUUGAGAUCUCAUAAUGUUUGUCAUAUGGACUUAAAACCACAAAAUUUACUGCUUACUACAAAACCACAACUUACUUUGAAGUUAGGAGAUUUUGGGUUUGCUCAGUUAUUGUCAUCUGAAGAAAAAUCUAGUUCAUUACGUGGAUCUCCAUUGUAUAUGGCUCCAGAAAUACUCCUGCAGCACAACCAUGAUGCUCGAGUGGAUUUGUGGUCUGUUGGUGUAAUUAUGUUUGAAUGUCUGUUUGGUAGAGCUCCAUAUUCCUCUAACAGUUUUGAAGAGUUAGCUGAGAAAAUUAAAGCUCAAACACCUAUUCAGAUUCCUCCUGGCUCAGCAAUUUCAUCAGAAUGUAGAGAUUUGUUGACAAGACUUUUACAACAUGACCCAGAUCAAAGAAUUAGUUAUGAGGACUUCUUUGAUCAUCCGUUUCUUGAUUUGGAGCAUUUUCCAUCAAAUGAAUCAUAUGAAAAGGCAGUACAUCUUGUCUGUGAUGCUGUUAAAUGUGAUAGGGAUAAAAAUUUUGUUGAAGCCUAUUCCUUAUAUUGUGAAGCACUGAAAUAUUUUAUUCCUUUGGUUCAUGAAGAAGUUGAUGUAAAUAAGAAAAUUGCUUUACGAACCAAAGUUAAUUCUUAUAUUAAGAGAGCUGAAGACUUGAAACAAAUUGUGUAUGGCCCUAGCCCAGAAAAGACAUCUCUUCAAGACAUAAAUGCUACAAAUUUUAAAGAAUUAUGUCGCCUUUGUUCUGCAACUCCUGGAUUAACUAGUGCACUAGAAAUUGGAAGAGAUGCUGAACUCUAUAUGGCAGAAGGGCAGUAUCCGACAGCUCUAGAAAAGUUUGAAGCAUGUCUUGGUGUCCUAGUGCCUGCAAUAGGAAAAGAACCUAAAGGCCACAGAAGAGAUCUAAUGCAUUCUCAGAUUGGUGCAGAACCCAAUGAUAAACUACAUCAUGCAAUGUUCUAGUCUCAAGGAGUUUCACCACUUUUUUUUACUUGUUAAUUGUUAUGUAUAUGAAGAAUUUCUUUGAAAUAAAGUUGUUAUUUCUGGCAUUUCUUCUGUAUUUAUGUUCAGUCAUUGCUGUCAAUCAAUGUAGUGUUAUGUUUAAUUUAUUCUUGAAAACUAGUUUUCCACUAUUGAUCUCUCUUAGAAAUCAAGCUAUAAUAAUUAAAACAAUAAUGUAUCUGAAAUUAAGCAGAUUAAUAUUGAACUGAAUUUUGUAUUUUAUUCACACAAAAAAAUCUGUCAAAUAUUAGAUUGGAAAACAAACCAUUUGUUAUUCCAAAAGAGAUAGUAAUAUAUUUUUAUUUUAUUUUAUAUAUUAUUUCUUAUAUUUAAUAUUAAAGGGAAUGAAAUACAUAUUUCUUUUGUAGGAAUUUUAAAAAAUGUUUGGAAGUUGCAGAAAACAAGUGAAUGAAAUGUCUGUUAACAUUACUCUUAGGUUACAAGCAAGAAUAAUGUGAAGAACAUUUCAUAAACUUGAAGAAAAUGCAAUUAAAAGAUAAGAUGGAUUCUAGAGGACAAUUUAAAUAUUUUUUGUACAAUGUUGGAAUUCACAUGAAUUCAGUAUUUUUUAUAUAAUUUAUAGACAUUAUCUCUUUUGCUAGCUGUAAAGCCCUUCACUUAGAGCACUGUUCCAUUUUUGACCUUGCAAAAUUUUCUUCCAGUUUUUCACAACAAUGAUGUUCAGGUUUUGCAUCCAUCUGUUUUGCACAGCCUUUCUUCUGUUUUAAGAACUAACCCUUCAAUUUUGUUUUAGGCCUUCUUGAUUUUGACAUCCUUUCUGUGUCCCAACCAUCUAAUCUUUUGAGACUACUUGAAUCUUACAACUUUUUUUCCUUUCAAGAUAAUAACAAUUUCAUGGUGUGUACAUCUUGUUCCUUAAUAUAUCCAUAUAUAUUUCUUAUAACUGUACUUUCAAAUUGUGUUAGCUCGUUUACAUUCUUUAUUGUUAAUGUCCGAGCCUUUUCCCCAUAGGUCAAAAGAUAAUUUUAUGAAUUUUCUUUUUCAUUUUCAGCUUAUUGAUUUAUUUCUUAACAUUUGCUCCUUUACACAAUAUGCUUUAACUCCUGCCUUUACCUGUUCUUUCAUGCUAUUUGUCAUGACAUUUCAAUUAUAAGUAUUAAGAGUUCCUAAAUACUUGAAGUUGGUAAUGCCUUCAAAGGGUAUUUGUAGAUGUAAAUUUAUCAAUGUAAGUUCAACACCAUUACAUCUUUAUUCCAGAUUCGAUUCAGGUAGAGAAAAAAUAAAUAAAAAUAUGUAUAUAUGUGAAACAUAAAUGUACUGAACAAGGCAAUUUGAUGAAGCAAUGAUUAAUAACCUCUUAAUUACAUACCUUGAUCAUCUCUAUAAGAACCAUUUAGACAAUGCACCGUUGGCAACAACCCUUCAGGAUACAGAAAAGAAUAAUCCAGACAAUUAUGAAUUCUACUACUACUACUACUACAUUUUAAAUCCAUACAAGAAAAGGCAAGCAUUAUAUACCCCCCCUCCCCCCAUCAACCAUCACACCCAAGAACAAACAAACAUCAUCAGAUUUUUCACAAAACUGAAGAAUCUAAAAUAAAACUUUUACAAAUCCUCUUGCAAAAACUAUUCGAAAGUGUAAGUGAAUAUUGCUAUGAUUCAUAUACGUAACCUGACUCCAGGUGCUACAAAACUGAAGUAGAGAUCCUGG